UGAUGAAGAAAAUAGACCAGGCUGAGCUGAACCAGCUCCCUUGUCCACCAAAAUUGGCUUUGCAGACAGGGAAGCAUGUGCAAAUUCUGAAAUCAUGAAAUAAGAAGCUAUCUUCUGAGACUAGACCAAGGCCAACCCUACUCUAAGUCCUAAAAUUGGAACUCUCAAGUGCAAAAGGAAGAAACCUAAAGGAAAGAAACAAACUAAUAAGAAGCAUAAUGAAGAUUUUAGUCAGGAAAUAGUUAAAAGACAAGCAAUCAGUCCAACAGGAACAGAAAAGAAUGCGCUCUUAAACUCGAAAUCAUUAGCCAGGAGAAAUCCUCGUUUAUUUUCAGCAAAACCUUAUCGAAGGAAUGAUCAACUGAAAGCAAGCCAUCAUGCUACAAAUUCAAAACUAAGCAUGUUAGGAAUGAACAACACAAUAGACUAUUUCCAUAUGAUAAAAGAAGUAAACUCCAACGAAAGCACCCAAGCAGAACUUUACCAAACAUCCAAACCCGCCAAACGUCACCUCCAAAGACCUAAUCUCACCAAACACUCCACUCUCUCAAGCAAGGGCUCCUCCACCAUGCGUAAAUCAGACCUUCACUCUGCUCUAAAAUCCCCGGCUCUAAAUCAGCCUCUUCACGAAUCCAAAAACUCCUUCGAUUUUAAAGCUCACAAGACCAUUGACACCUCUAAGGCAAGGAUUUCUUCCUAAUCUUCAGACGAGGCAACGGCGGAUCAACCUAGCUGUAACAGAGA